AUGCAGAAUUUCUCCCAUACAAUAUGGAUGGGUGACCUGGAACCUUACAUGGAUGAAAUGUUUAUUAAACGAGCCUUUGAGACAUCAGGUGAAAAUAUAGUGAGUGUAAAAGUUAUCCGAAACAAGGCGACUGGGCAAACUCUUGGUUAUGGUUUCAUAGAGUUUGCUAACUCAACAUCUGCGAGAGAUGCAAUGCUUAAGUUGAAUGGCAAGCUCAUUCCUGGAGCCCCAACCAGAAGAUUUAAACUUAAUCACGCUAGUUACGGGAAAGAUAGCACUUCUAGUAAUGAAUGUUCGUUAUUUGUUGGUGAACUAACAGAAGAUGUUGAUGAUCUUGCUUUAUUCAAUGCUUUUAAAAAAUAUCCAACAUGCCGCUCAGCUAAAGUUGUGAUGACAAAUGGCAAGUCUCGUGGAUACGGUUUUGUUCGUUUCCUCACUGAAUCUGAUAUGGAUAAAGCGUUGAUUGAAAUGCAAAAUUAUUGUGGUUUAGGCUAUAAACCGAUUCGAGUGAGUCUCGCUAUUCCGAAGCGUUAUAAUGCAGAUGGAAGUUUGGUUGUUACUACAACAGCAUCUGAGACGAGUUCAGUGGUUCCGAGUGGUAUGCCCGAUCCAUUCACUGCUGCAGUUGCGGCUGCUGUAACGGGGAAUUCUGCAGCUCAAGCAGAAUAUUAUCAAGCUUAUCAACAAUACUAUCAACAGUACUAUGCUUCUCAAUAUGCAGCCCAGUUUUAUUCCAGUGAAUCAUCUACAAAUGGCGACUUAGCUAAUUCUGGAAUAACAUCGAUUGCCGGUGGUGGUACGCUUGUAGGCGAUGCUACAGUUCAACAGCAUGCAUUCGUCGAUGCUGCUGCCUCACAUUUAUAUGCUAGAGCACUUCAGCAAGGCACCGGCUCACAUGAAUAUGCCCCAGAGCCACAUGUUUUAUCAUCAGCUUGUGAUCGUCCACGACAUGUAGAUGAUUUAGAUGAAGUGUUCAAUUUUCUAGAAGCAUCACGAUGGCAUGUCACUGAUCCAUCAUUGGGAUUAUUUAUUAAAAUAAGACCAUAA